UUUUGACAGAACUUAUUGACAAAUCGUGUAUGUUAGUAAGGACUGUUACUUUCAUUUAGUACCCUUUUGGGGUUUCUUGUUUAGUUUUUUUGCGGGGAAGGGUUGCUUGACAAUUCUUAUCAUAAUGGAAGAAUGAGUCACACACCUGAAGAAAAGAUCCGAUCGAAACCUUUGACUCCUCUAUCGACUGGACAGAUGAGUCUGAGUUUGAAGAAUAAACUGAAGCGCUGUGGUCGGUAUCACACGUCUACGCCUGCUAAGAGAUUCUGUCCGGACACCCUGACAAUUGACUCUUCGCCAAUUCUUCCUACAGAGCCACCCGAACUGUCGAACAUUUCUAGGGAAAGCUUGCAACUUAAACAAAACAAUUCUUCAUCUUCUAGCCUUUGUGGGGCACAAGAGGGUGACAGUCCAGGGAGAUUAGACACCAUGGGACAAUCUAAAUCUUUAACUGGACGAAGUGUUCAUAGCUUACAGUCUCCAGCUGGGAGACAUUUCUUCCAUUCGCCAUUUUUAACAAAGAACACUGGAUCCAGUUUUGUAUCACCUUCCGAUAAAACUGCUUCUUGGACACCAUCCUCCAAACGAAAAGGAAGACUUUUGAUUCGGUCAGCCAAGUUGAAUUUUGAUCAGUCGGAUGUUAAAGCUGAAGAUGAUGGUCACAAAUUGAACUUGUGUGUGGAAGAGAAGAGCUUAUCUAGUCUGCCCAAUAGUGCAGAUUUGGGUGGGGCUUCACAGCUGUCGAUAGAAAAUAAGCAAGGAAUUUCUAGUCACACCUUUAUCUCUGAGAAAGAAAAUUCAACAGCCUCCGAUAUAUCACUAAAGCCAAAGAUGUCACAAAAAACAGUUUCUUUAAACCGUCAAAAGCUAGGCACGUCUAAGCAAGCUUUGUUGCAAGAAAUAAAAGAAAAAGAGGAAACGUUACGCAAACUGAAGAUGGUGAAAAUGUAUAGAUCAAAGAAUAAUCUGUCACAUCUACAAACUUUAAUAGACAAAUGGCGGGAUGCAAGUCAACAAAGUUUACAGGAUUUGCUGGGUCUGUUGCCCGAACCUAAACCGUCUAUGUCCGAGUUACUGCAUCAUCUGCAAGUAGAACAAGACCUGGUGAACUACGACCCAGUGGAAGAAACAUUCACUUGAUUCCUGUGCAGAUUCACAUACUUGAUCAUUUUUAGUCUUUAUUAAAGUUGUUAUUGUUAAAA